CUGAGCCUCACCUGGCAGUGCUGCAGAGCCAGCUCAAACACGUCAGUUGUGCUGCCAAUCAGACCGACUCCGAUGCUGUCCAGCACCAUUCUUUUGCUGCGGUGGAUCACCUGAGAGGACAGGUGCUGGGGCUUCACUUCACCGAUGAACUUCCCAAAGCUGGCUGUGACUGUGUCCUCUGGGGCUGGAUGCCUUGAUACUGCAGGGAGAAAAAAAAACAUAGGAGUUAGUAAAGGAGAAGAUUUUGACAGAGGAAAAUAUGCCUCCUUUGUUUGGCAACGCAAACUUGCAGUCAACAGCUUCUGAUGGAUGCUGAUACUUUUUGGAUGAGAGUACCUGCCUUAUAUAGUCCAGGACUCAGUGUCUGAUGAUACUUACCUGGGAGGAACAGGGAAACACAGCAUUCUUCUCAAGAAAAAAAAUGCAUCAGACAAAGUGAAGGAAUUUCCAUAACUAGCAUCACCAUCAUAAUCAGAUGAGGAAAGGGGGAGGAGAAAGGAGUGGUACCUUAUUGUAUAAGAUCACCUGUCCGAGCAUCUUCAUCAGAGUUACAACAAAGACACAAUGGCAGCAUCAGAUGGUUUCCCAGCCAGUUUCUAUGGAGAACCAGGAGUGUUAGGCAUGUUGUCCAAUGGGAUCAGUGCAUUCCUCGUACUUCUACAGAACUUCAAUACAGCACACAUUGGCAGGGCACCAGUAGGAGUGGAGAACAUACUUGCAGGUGUUCAUCUCAUCCUGAUUGGUGGUAUUUGCCAGCUGGUGGCUGGAUUGCUCUCCUUUAGAAAAUAUGAUCACCUGAGCGGAACUGCCUUCAUUGGCUACGCUGCUCUUUGGGGCAGUUAUGGCGCCACUAGAAUCUUCUUUGGCACAUUAGCUGACACUAAUACGACAGCAUCUUUGAUGAUUAACAAUUCAUCAAUGUCAACUUUCACAUUGAGCGACAUGUCCUUGAAUGCAACCCCAGAGAUCUCUAUAAGCUAUUUAAGCCAGUCUAUUAAAGAGUCGGCCAUUGCUGGUCUGGUCCCGUAUAUCCUCCUGUCCUUCCUCCUCGCGUUCUGCUCGGCCACGGUCAACUACAUCAUGCCUUUUGUUUUUGGUGCCAUCACAUUCACCUUAGUUUUUGAGGCAGUUAGUCUGGUAUCAAGCUCCUGGGCUCUAGUAGUCUCUGGAAUUCUGGAGUUGCUCAUUUUGCUUUUUGCCAUCUAUGGUUCAGCUGCUCUACUUCUCAAAGGUCUAACUCAACGCCUAGUCCUCAAAGGUUUUGGCACCCCCCUUUUUAACGUUCUCCUGCUGGGAACCACCAGCUCAGCAAAUGCCAAAAGCAUUGGCCAAGAGAAGAAGAAAAACACAAAAUAUGCUGAGCCCAUAGCCUUAGGCUUCUUCAGUGACACUGUUGCCCCCUUCAUCUUUGCUUUCUACAGCUUUGGGUACAUGAAGUCCUUUGGCUUAGGAGCUGCGUGGGUCUCCAUCAUCUCAUUUGCUCAGCUGUUCUCUAGCUACUACGCCUAUCUGCGCCAAGACUGCUACCACACCACCAAAUUUGGUCUUCAUGCAACAUAUUGGCUGAUCAAAGCUUGGGAUGAGUUUGUGAUAUCUGCUCUAAAUGUAAGGGACAGUGAAGUGGUUUCCGGGAGAGAAGCAAUGGUGGGAAAUUGGUUCUUUGUGAUGGUAGGCUUGGUAAUUUGCAUGGCAAGUCUGAACAUAGAUGUCCUGGAACUGAGCCACAACAUGCUGUUUGUCUUGGUCACAGUCUCGACAAUCCCCCAGAUUCCUUUUCAGGGGUACUACAUCUUCUUUGGUGUAGCUUGCUCCCUGUUCACUGCAGCCUCCCUGUAUGGUACUUUCUCACGACUUAUCAACACCAUAGCAGAGAAGUCUCUGAUUCCUGUGGGAGCACAGCCCGUCUCCACUGACCGAUUCAAGAAGGCUUUGGGAUGCUGCAUGACCAAGAUGGGAGAACAUGAAGUUCUACCCCAGAAUGACCAGGUUACAGAUGCCUUGUUCUACUUUUUGAAUGGGGUUGCAGCUCUCUCAGCUCUUCAUGCAAGUUCAUCAAGCAAAAAUUCCACUUAUCUUCAUCUGACCAUCCCCUGGGUGCUCAUCUCUGGAGCCAUUAUCCAGGCAUAUGUCAGCCGGCUGCAGGUCAAUGGAGGGCGCCGCUUUGGGUCAGUCAUCUCAUCCAUUUAUGUGGCAGUAUGGGCAACCUGGACCUGGUUCAGGUUUUCAGGUAACCUCCUUCAGCUCUCUAGAGAGGCAGCCUAUGCUUUUACAGCAGGAGCCAUCGCUCUGCUGGUCAUUAAUGCUUUCCUGAUGCUGAUUGCUGCCUAUAGGAACCUGGUUUUGCUGCUUCUGACGGCAGUCAUGGAGGUUGUUCUGGUCUGUUUCUUGCUCUCCACUCUGCAGCGUCUACCAUAUGAACUGGAAAUGGCCAUGCUUGCACUGCUUUCAACAGUUUGUAUAUAUGGAGCUCUGGCAUCUCUGGUAAAUUGCAUUCUCUCACAGAGGCUGCUGCCUAUGGGCCCUCCUUUAAUAAAGGAGGAUAAGAAGCAGGACACUGCCCCUGAGCUGCCCUGCCCUGUGGCUGAUUCACAACUCUCCAGUGGUCUCCUAAAGAUCGCUGGCCUUCUGGAGCAGGGAGGAGUGUGUGGUAUUCCCACAGACACUGUGUAUGCUCUGGCUGCCUCCUGCAAGAAUCCUCAAGCUAUUGAGAAGAUCUACAACAUUAAAGACAGACCAGCAGAGAAGCCCAUCUGUAUCUGCAUUUCUAAUGUGGAGCAGCUGGUGGCAGCCAAGCCUCCCUUCAGUCCUCUGCUGUGGGAGUUCAUGAGGAAUGUGUAUCCAGGAGGCAUCAGCUGUAUUGUCAGCAAAGGAGACUGGCUCUUCAGACUGGGAGUGGGACCAGCUUAUGACCGUGUUGGCACCAGGGACAGCAUCAUGAUCCGUGUCCCUGACCACACGGUGACAGGGCACCUGUGUGACAUCACGGGACCCCUUGCUAUAACCUCGGCCAAUCCAAGUGGAGAGUCAGACAGCACCCACCACAGCAUGGUCAUCAACCGACUUGGACACAAGAUCCAAGGGGUUCUGUGUGACGGAGACUCAAAUGAAGUUAUUGCUUCCACGGUGGUCAACUGCUUGAAGAUUGAUGAAGGAACCAUCACCAUUUUAAGAGAAGGCUGUGUCCCCGCAGGGAAAGUCCAACAGAUCUUUGACAGAGUGAAAAGCAACAUGGUGUAAAAAGAUCUCUCCUAUUUAUAUUCAACAGACAUGAGGAAAAAGUGGGUGAAAGCUAGAGUGCUGCUUAUUGUAAAUGUGGAUGUCUUUGGAAAUGUUACAAUGAAAUACAGAUUUGUGUUCAAGUUAUCAUUCUGGAAAAUAUUUAAAAAAUAGCAAGAAAGUUGAUGUUUAGGUUCAUAUAUAUCAAAGAAUAUUUAAAUAGAAUCACUGUAAAUGCUGAAUAAUUCUUUUUGAUAAUUAUGUAUUUGUUCAAAUUAUACUGACUGUUAACAUGAAUGUAUUUAUUUUUCUGUGGAAGUAUGAUCCCCUUUGCAUUAUGUAUACAAACUC